CACAACAAAUCCUACUCAGGAUCACGAAGCUGGAGUCUGACGUUAAGAAGAAGAGAUUUGUUAUUGUUAUUAUAAACAGCAGCGAAAUGGAUCUGCUGGAUUUUCUAACGGAUGAGGAGUUGAUCAGAUUUCUUCAAUGUAAGAAGACAGAGAUCACGUCUUAUAUAGAGAAACCACUCACCUUCCUCAACCAGCUCCGAGACAACAAACUGGUACCUGAGAAUCUCUACCAGAAGGUAAAAAAGAUGAAAAAUAAGCCGAAAGGUGUGUAUGAGAUUUUGGAAUGGGUGGAGAAUAAACCAGGACAGCAUGUGAGAAAGUUUUGGAGACAUUUGUUUCAGAAUCACAUCCUGCGGGAAUAUCCCAGACUCCGAGGGCUCAAAAAAAGGCUUCUUGAUGGUACCUUUAGGAUUUCUGAAAAGCUUCCCAAUGCAGAGACACCAAGCAGUAAUACAGAAGUUGAGAGAAAGAAAAAGAAGCAAGAGCAAAAGAAGGGUGCAACAAAGAGAAAGAAAAUUGUUGAAGAGACCGAUGAGGAGGAACCAGGCCCUUCCUCUGCGUCCAGCCAAAAGAAACAAGCCGUGAAGCCCCCACUCUCCAAACAUUUAAAGAAAGGAGAACUUCCUGUUAUCUGCGGAGAUAAAGAAGGCACAUUGUAUAAAGACAAGCUUGCUAGAGGAGAGAAGUGUAUUUUGUCCGAGGGCGUCUUGUACACCCCAGGUGACUUUGAGAGAUUUUCAGGAAGGGAAAAAAGCAAGAACUGGAAACUCUCCAUCCGCUGCGAAAACAUUACACUGCAUGAACUUAUACAGGCGGGUAAAUUGCAGUGUCGAUACAUGAAGGUCAGAAGAAAGUGAGAUUUCCUUUAAGCUGUAUGCAAAGCUCCAGCCCUCGUCACUACACACAGGCCUUUAUUUUGUAGGGGUCUACUCACUGGUCCAACAACAGUAUCCAAUGACGUGGUGGAAGAAUUAUUGCGCGUUUCUGUCUUUUCAAAGCAAUGUGGAUCUAUUUAGAUUAUUACAUUUGUUAUUCCACUUCUGUUUGAUUCUGUCUUAAAUUAAAUCUGACUCCAAUUGUAAAAAAAAAUAAUAGAAAAACCUCAGUGUUGUAUUUAUUUCUUAGUUAUUUGUAGAUCAUGAGUUUGUAAAUACUUUUGAUCUUUUACAUUUAAUUAAUUAUAGUUAAUCCCAUACUUUCUUGUAAGGUUUUUUUGUGCUCGUUCAUUCGGAUUCCAUGUCGCUCAGAGUCUGGUGCCAUGUACGCAGAUCUCAUGCUCACAAACUCGCCAGUCUUGGUCAUUAGACAGACGUAAUUGACUAAUACUAUUCAGAUGGCCGCUCAUACCCAGACCCGGCUUUAUCUUGCUCAAUGUUGAUAGGAUCAAUCCUACACAUGUUGGGGAUAGAAACUCCCUCAUCGUAGUAGAAUCUCAUAUAACCCCUAGAAAAGUUGUCCUCUGCACUGGAGAAAGCAUACUUUUCUUGAGGUUCAACCUGAGCCCCAAGCUCCUCAUGUGGGAGAGAACAGCAUCUCGAUGUUGAAGCGCCAGUUCCCUGGAUCGUGCUAGAAUUAACCAGUCAUCCAGGUAGUUUAGUACACAGAUGCCCUGGAGUCGCAAGGGAGCCAGAGCAGAAUCCAUGCACUUUGUGAAGGUGCGAGGGGAUAAAGCUAGCCCGAUGGGAAGAACCCGAUAUUGGUAUGCGUUGUCUCCAAAUGCAAACCUCAGGAACUUCCUGUGACUGGGUGAUAUUCCUAUGUGGAAAUAUAUAUCUUUCAGAUCUAUUGUCACAAACCAGUCCUUGACGGUUCACAGGUGCCAUACAUAUAUCAUGCGACGCACAUAAUUGCCACGUCACCUCAUCAUGGCAGGCCUAUAAAUAGGCAUGAUUUUACACAAGCUUGAGAUGCCGGUCGCGCACGAGGGGCGCUCCCAUAGUGUUAUGCUAAAUGCAACCCCUCGUUCCCGUCUCAGGGAACAGAGUUACAUGCAUAACCCAGACGUUCUUUCUUAAUGUGAUUUUUUUUGUUUUGUUUUGUUUUCUCCUUGUAGGAGCUGAGGGCUUCCUUAGGCUGGGAGGGAGUUCUUUGCUGCACCUUAGGCUUUACUUCACUAAGGGUCAUUAUUUAAUUGCUGUGUUAUUUUCAGUGAAUUUUGGGGGUAUGAUUCUGAUUGGUGGGGUGCAGGGUCUCCUCCAACCUUUCUUCCUGCAGAUAUCACUUUAUGGCUGAAGGACCUUGGGUUUUAUCUGUUGGGUAAGCUAUCUGAUUUUGGUGAGUCCAAGAGAAGGGCUUGCUUCUCAACCCACUUGUGGCAUUCUGGGGGGUUGAGUUAUGGUUUAACUGCGACAUUCGGCAGGUGGCCACUCUGACAAAGGCCGCUAGUGUUUACUAAUGGUGGUUUUGUCCAUCCAUCCCGGAAUUGUUGCCACCCAUCCCGAACGUGUCUUUGAAUUAUGGUUUGAGUGGUCGAGGGCUCAUCUUUGCUGCCUGGUUUGAUCCUACAAUGGUCAAAAUGUACAAUAAGACUUUGCAUGUUAAAAAAGAAACAUAAAUAGGACAACUAAUCAAGGGAGGAACUGAAAACAAGUGAGAACAAUCCAGUGGUGGCUGGUGGUUUUUAAAAUAGGGGAAGCACAAUCGUCUUUUAAUGAAAUAGUAGGUGUUCUUUAACUUGCUUCAUCUUGUCACGUAAUCCAAAACAUGAGACAAUAGCAUGGUCAAAAAACAGGCAAUAGGUCAAGCGACUGGCAAAUGGGCACAAACAAGGCAAAACAGGAAUUGAGAACCAGGGCAAGAACAAGAUCAAAACUAUAACACAUGAACCGAGAAACAAACGCUUGGUAUACAGAAAACUCAGGUAAUACUUCGCAAAGAGUGAAUGCAUUGAAAAUCAUUUUAAAAUGUGGUUGUGAUUGUGCUGUGAGUUGGAUGGAGGUGUGCGUGAUUAAAAUGAAGGUGAGUGUUCUGGGAAUUGUGGUCCAUGGUGGCCAUGUUAGUAGGCCACAGUGCAGGAUGGGAAAUGUAUUCACUGUUUGCUGUGAUAUGACACAUCUGUUGGUUUGACCUAUUGUUUAAAUCUCUCUUCAUAAAUAAGAGCAUGAAAAGUGUUUUCAACAAUCAGGUUGACAAAAUUGUUAACAUCUUCCGUGUCACACUAAAAAGCAGCCAAGCUGCUAAGUAGCUAGCCCAGUUUCACUGAAGAAACUAUUGACCGGACCAAGAAAUAAACAAAUAAAAUCAAACAUAAUCAAAUAUAACUUUAUACUUAGACUAAUUUACAAUAUUUACCUAUUACAAUGAUAAAAUAAGCAACAGUACAUUAGUUGUAUAAACUGUAAUGGGUUUGGCUACUGACGGACUACUGCAGAUAUGACUACUUUCUCUGACUGGCACCAUGUUAUGUUUGACAUAUUAGUCAUGUUCUUUACAUUUUCUAUUGCUGUACACUACAAAGUUCAGUCCCUUUGAGAGGUCUAACCAUUGUACAGAGGUACCAUGCAUCCAGGAAGGAAAAGCAAAGAGGGAACUUUUUUUUGUAAGCAAAACCCACCUGUCCACACUCCCAUUCACCCCCAGAGAUUGGUGUGUUGCUUUAUUUAAAUAAUUUAAUUAAAUUUAAAGAAUUAAAUUUCUGAUGCUUGUUUACAAAGCCAAAAACAUACCAACUACCACCUACCUUAUCACAUCUUGCUCUGCACCAUGCUCCAUCCAAGCAACUAGCAUGGCUGAACUGGACCUACCAUUCCUCAAGGCUCAAGAAAGUCAUGAAAAAUUACUCACCGAUCACCACUGUAAAAUGAUCAAUAAUGCCACCACUGUAAAAUAUCCAAUCGCUGAUCACCACUAUAAAUCAACUAAUCACUGUUGGUGAUUCUGUUCUAUUAUAUUCCUUCAGAUGCCUGCUGUGAGGGAAAUGAUUAAUUUUUACUUUGUAAUAAUUCUGUUCUUGUUCUGCUCAUGUUCAUCAGUGGAUAAUGCCUAAGAAGGUCAUGUCAAUUAGAUCAGUACAGAAUGUUUAUCUGCUUACAGAGACACAAACAUAUUCUUCUGUUCAAGGUUCGUCUGCACAUUUUCUAAGACCCUGAAACAAAGCCUGUUUGAACUCCCUCAAACUGCUUCUUAUCGGUACACAGAAGUGUAUCAUGCUCUGCGCUUCAUAUAUAUAGUACGUGUUCAGCACAAGCGGGCUAGAGCGCUCUCAUUAUUCUAUCCUGCUUUCUUCUAUCCUGCAUUCUUUAAUCCUGUGUUCAUCUUUUUGUAAUAAACCUUUUCACCUCAGAGGACGAGUCUGCAAGUGUUGUCUAAUUUCCACGACACUACAUAGGAGUUUAAAAUGUGUUUGCAAAGCCAAAAACAUACCAGAUACCACCUACAUUAUCAUACCUCACUAUGCACCACACUUUCUUUGCACAUCUAGCAUGGCUCAACUGGACCCACCAUUCCUCCAGGUUAAAAUAAAUGACUGAUCAUUGCUCACCACUGUAAAAUCACUAAUCACUGAUCACCACUGUAAAAUCACCAAUCACUAUUCUAUUCUUACACCAAGUGUGGUUUAAGAGAACAGAUCCCUCAUGCAAUUCUCACAUUAUACUGUUAUGUAUUGUUAAGUAUUGUUAGGACUUUCACUAUGGCACUGAUAUAGGAUUCCACUUCCACUAUCAAAUUCUAUCGUGCUAGAAUGGCCUGUUUUACUCAAGUACAAGUAAAACUCUUUGUAAAAAUAAUUACUCAAGUAAUGGUAAAAGUAAUAAUGUUAAUAAUGACUUGAGUAAGAGUAAUAAAGUAUCCGACGAGAAGACUACUCAAGUAGCAAGGAACUAGUUACUUCAGAUCUGAUUAAAAUGAUGGGAAAAUCCUGAAUCUCAGACUACAUGCAGAACUGUAAGUGUCUAAGUCACACCUCUCCGUGAAAGUCUGCCUGUUCUGUUUAUAUGAUAUAAAACCUGGGGUCAAGAUGAAGCAGCAUAUCCCAGUCUUGUGAUGGCUACAAUAACACGCAACCUGUCAUUUUCAACACAAUAUCUCCCGCAUACCCUAAAAACCCCCCAAAAAAUUCUCAACAGUUGACAGUCUUUAUUUUCACAAUAUGUUAACAGCACAAACUGCAUUUAAACAAGACAACAGAAAACAAAAGAACAGACUAUGGAACAGAACAGAAGAGAAAGUGUGUGCAUGUGUGCCAUUAUCUUCCAGGACUGAGUCAUUAAAAAGUGAGCGGUUGUUGCGGACGCAUUCAGACACUGCAGCGUAUUGUGAGACUCGCGACCUCAUUAUACAUGAUAUAAACUAAUUAUUAAAACGACAUAUAUUCAUUAACAUUUAACAAUAACAGUGGAACACCACUGAAUGAAGCGAAGUAAAAGUACAUUUCUGUGAUUAAAAUUAACUAGAGUGAGAGUAAAAAAAAGUUACUCAAGUAAGUGUAACGAAGUAAAUGUUACUACCCAAUAGUGCCUGUGAAGGAGCAAAGAUUAGGAGCAAAACAUUAAUAAUAACAAACACUUAUGAGGCAGUAGUCCACACAAUGGGAAAUAAAACUGUCUGCUGAAGUGCAUAGCAUGUAAAAAAGAAAACUCCUACACAAAAGUUACGCAGGUUAAUAUAUGACAAUGCCGCUCAGUUGCUGUUGUAUCAGUUAUGUCAAGUAGCCUAUAAUCCUGGCUUCUGGUCAAUACCAUAAUGCAGCUCUUCUGAAUACACAUGUUUAGGUUUAUUUCAAUGUAAGCAAUGUGUAUUAGUAUACCUUGCUCACAAAGUACUGCUAGUGACAAAACCUAUACAUGUAAUUAAAUAUCAAAUAAAUUAUUUUGUCAUUUAAUCAAAUCUAUCCAUCCAUCCAUCCAUCCAUCCAUCUGUCUAUCUGUCUAUCUGCAAAAACAAGGUGCCAUAACCAA